UCUUGUAUUGGUAUUUAUUUCGUGCUUUUAUCUCGUUGAUUCAUAAAGAAACUCUCCUUAUCAGUGGUAUUAUGAGUUUUUUCUUUCGGAUAUUAUUCGUUAAAUGAAAUAAGCCGCUAAAGAAAAUAAUAUAAAUUUCAAAGGACUCAAAAUGCCGGCGUUUCACUCGAGUUUUACUGUCAAUAAAAAGAUGAUGCUCGGGAAUAUGGCGCUUCUGCCAUUGAAAACAAAUUUCCGAGGUCCUGCUCCUCCUAUGAGCGGACAGGACAUGGACAUUGUAGAUGAAGCACUUUAUUAUUUCAAAGCCAACGUUUUCUUUAGAACUUAUGAAAUUAAGAGUGAAGCAGACAGAGUUCUCAUUUAUAUUACUUUGUACAUAACUGAGUGCUUGAAGAGGUUGCAAAAAUGUGCGACUCGCCACCAAGCUAAUACUGAAAUGCAUUCUUUGGCUUUUGCUAAAUUUGACAUACCCGGAGAUCCUGGAUUCCCUCUCAAUUCAGUCUACGCCAAGCCAAGCAGUCCUGCCGAAGCUGAUCAAAUGAGGCAAUACUUGCAGCAAAUAAGGCAAGAAACAGCAACGAGACUUGUAGACAAAGUGUAUGGAGAAGAUGGAAAACCAAGCAAAUGGUGGCUGUGUUUUGCUAAAAAGAAGUUUAUGGACAAGUCUUUGUCAGGUCCGGGCCAAUGAAUACAAAAAAAAAAUACAAUACGCAUACGAAGAUAAAACUAAAAUUAUAUUAUGAAUGAGUCUGUCUUUAUAGGAUAAACGAUUACUUUAUACUUAAGUAUGUACAUUAAUUUUUUUUUCUACUUUUUUUCAAUACUUCGUAAAAAUUUCAAUAGUUUUAUGAAAAAAUAUUUGGUCUUACAAAGACGAGCGACGAAAAAACACUUUGAAAUCCGUUGAA